UUGUUUACCUUGACCCAGUAAACUACCAAGAAACUUGGUUAGUCUAGUACACUAAUAAAUUCUUCUUGGGGUUCUUGUUCAUGCAUCAUCCAAUGGUUUCCAAUUUCAUUUCCGAUCUAAAAUUUUUCUGGGUUUGAUUUUUUUUUUUUUAAUUUAUUUGUUCCAAUCUAAGUUCAAUAGCUGAUGAAUUCUCAGACAAAGAUGAGCCUCAAUGCAACAUCUGUUAUUUUGAUUCAUUUAGUUGUCUGGUCAUAUUUAGGUAUGUUCAGUGUCAUUCAUGGUACUUUGAGUGAUAUACUUUGCUUGAGAUCUGUCAAAGAAUCCAUUGAAGACCCUUUGAAUAACUUGACCUCCUCAUGGAACUUCGACAACCAAACAGAAGGUUUUCCAUGUAAAUUUUCUGGGGUUGAUUGCUGGCACUUUGAUGAGAGCAAGGUACUAGCUUUAAACCUCUCUAAUAUGGGGCUUAGAGGAAAAUUCCCUAUGGGAAUUCAAUUUUGCAGUAGUUUAGUGUCCUUGAACCUUUCCAAUAAUGCAUUCUCAGGAACUAUACCAUCAAAUAUAUCUAAGUUGAUACCCUAUCUGACUAUCCUUGAUCUUUCCCACAACAAAUUUUCUGGCGAAGUUCCAAGCAGCUUUUCGAACUGUAGUUAUCUGAAUGUUCUUAGGCUUAAUCACAACCAGAUAGUAGGCAAUUUACCUGUGGAACUGGGUCUUCUUAGUAGGAUCACAAGCUUUAGUGUUGCGCGUAAUAUGUUGACAGGACAAGUUCCUGGAUUCAUUACAGCUAAAUUUAAGCCUGAGAGCUACGCAAACAAUGCACGACUAUGUGGAACUUUAGAAUUAGAAUUUCUAUUAUCCAUAUCACAACAUAAUUCUAAUAACUUGUGCACAAAUAUCCAAGUUGGAACUUUAUCAUUAUUAGUGCCCAAAAAAAAAAAAAAAAAAAGGGGGAAAAAAUUUGUCAUUGUAUUUUUACAAUGAUUCCUUUUUA